AUCUGUGUCUAGGAACGUUUGUUCGGGGCAGUGUUUUCCGAGGGAAGGUUGUAUGUGGCGGACUGGUUGGCAGCAGGUAAGGGUGUCGGACUAUGGCGGUGUCAACGGACAUGGACGCCCGCCUCCUCCCUCUGCCAUGGAAGUCUCUGCAGAUUGCUGAGUGCACUUACUUAUGUAAAGUCCAUUUCACAGACUCGGCGUACUGCUUGCUGCUGUCCGACCUCAGCCGUGUCUGGUGUGAGGAGGCGGGAGCUGAGGUCAUACUGGAAAGGUCAAAGGAGCUCAAUAAAAGGCUGAAGGCGCCAAUCUCUUCUUUCCUUUCCCACCUGUCUCGGCUCCUCCUUCCCUUGCUGGGUUCCGCGGAAGACGGACACGGCCGGUUCUCUUGUCAGCGGACAGAGAACACGCUGAUGCUGCUGGUGAAGAGCCAGCUGUCUGGCCUUCCUUUUUAUUGGGAGUUCCACUGUAAGGAGGCCAGCGUCACCACGGUGUGUCGGCAUUUAGUCCAGCCUCUGGUGUGUAUGACGAAAGCUCUGGACUAUCAGAGCCAGGAGCUGUGCACUUUACUGCUCCAAAAAGAUGCCGAAAUUCAGGAGUACCAGGAGAGCGGGGCUGUGCUGACUCGAGGCCGAUUGAAAACAGAAUCUUUUGAUGAGGGAUCGUUCCAAGAGUCUUUUCUGGCAGAGAAAAUCCCGGGACUUCGCAGCUCAUGGAACUCCCCUGGGUUCACGGACCGUCUACAGCGAUUAUACAGCACGGUGACUGCUGCAGAAAUGGAGCCAAAAUCGGAGGCGGAAGAUGUGAACGAGUACCCAGGAUCCCUGCCGGAACCAGCACAAUGUGCAGAGGAGAGAGAGCACAAUAUGGCCGCCGAGGAUAUACCCGUUCCUAAAGAAUCUGUGAAGGUUGAGAACCAUCAGGUUCCUCUGGCUGAUGUACUGUCUUUGACUCAACACUCCCAAUCUACGGUAUCCAAACCCAAGAAGAAGAAAGCCAAGGGGCUCUUCAAAUGACAACGACCCUCCUACACGUCGCAAGAGGAGUCCACAAAAAGAAAGGCUCCUCAAUGGACUGAAUUUACAGCAUUAAUAUUUUACAAGAUGGCACCAAUGGUACACUGCAGAGGGUAGGGUUCCAUCUGCCAAGCUGUAGCCUCCUAGUGCUUAACAUGCAUAUUUUUAAUUGUGACCUGUUAUUUGUAGACACUAAAGCAGCCUUUCUCAUCCAGGGUUCCUUUAGAGCAGUGGUUCUCAACCUUUUAGUGCCGUGACCCCUUGAUAAAAUUGUUGUUGUGGGGACCCCUAACAGUA